CGACCGCCCACAACGGACAAAGUUACAGAUCCUCCUCAUCAUGUUUUCCUUGGCCGUCGCCGUCCUGCUCGUGGCCCUCGACAUCACCAUUGUCACGACGGCGUUGCCCACCAUCGCGGAAGAGCUCAAGAGCGCAUCAGGAUACACCUGGAUCGGCUCUGCAUACCUGAUUGCCCAGUCAGCCGCCACGCCCAUCUGGGGCAAGGUCUCGGACAUCUUUGGAAGGAAGCCUAUCCUACUGCUUACCAAUGCUAUUUUCUUUUUGGGCUCGCUCCUCGCCGGAGUAUCCGUCAACAUGAACAUGCUCAUUGCCGCCAGAGUCGUACAAGGCAUUGGCGGCGGUGGGAUUGUCACGCUGGUCAACAUUUGCAUCUCGGACCUCUUCUCCGUCAGAGACCGAGGCGCCUACUUUGGCGUCAUUGGUGGAGUAUGGGCAUUGGCAAGCUCGCUGGGCCCUGUUGUUGGAGGCCUGCUCACCCAGAAGGUUUCCUGGAGAUGGUGUUUCUACAUCAACCUACCUUUUGACGGAGUUGCCUUUCUGAUCCUCUUCUUUUUCCUCAAUGUCACGACGCCCAGAACGCCUCUGCGCCAAGGCCUCAAGGCUGUCGACUGGCUAGGCUCAGUCACCAUGGUCGCGGGCGUCACCAUGUUGCUGCUGGGACUGGAGUAUGGUGGCAUAACACAUCCUUGGGACUCUGCAACAGUUCUGUGUCUCAUCAUCUUUGGCGCAGUCAUGAUAGGCGUCUUCUUCCUCAUCGAGUGGCGCCUCGCACCCUAUCCCCUGAUGCCCCUCGAACUCCUCUCCAAGCGAUCCAACCAGGCUACGCUGGCUACUUGCUUCUUCCACGCCUAUGUCUUUAUCAGCGGCAGCUAUUUUCUUCCCCUCUACUUCCAGGCUGUCCUGGGCGCCACACCCAUACUGUCGGGUGUCUAUCUGCUUCCAAUCGCCUUAUCCCUCUCAUUUCUGUCGGCAACCACUGGCAUUAUCAUCAAGAAGACGGGCCAAUAUCUGCCUUUGAUUUGGUCUGGCAUGUUCCUGAUGACGUUGGGCUAUGGACUUUUUAUCGAUUUGAACGUCAAUUCGUCAUGGGCCAAAAUCAUCAUCUACCAAAUCAUUACUGGCAUUGGUGUCGGACCGAACUUUCAAAGCCCCCUCAUUGCGCUACAGAGUCUAGUGCCAAAACGCGACAUUGCUACCGCUACCGCCACUUUCGGGUUUAUCCGCAACCUCGGAUCAGCCAUUUCGGUAGUUGUCGGAGGCGUCGUGUUCAACAACCAGAUGAAAUCAAAACAACCCGAGCUUGCUGCUUCCCUCGGCCAGCAAGCUGCGUCAGCGUUCGGCGGAGGUACUGCGGGCGCCAAUGUCGGCCUGGUCAAGUCUCUACCUGACUCGCAAAAGUUUGUCGCCAAAAAGGCCUUUGCCGACUCGUUGAGUACCAUGUGGAUUAUGUAUGUUGCAUUCUCCGCCGUCGGGCUUGCGAUCAGUUUUUUGAUCAAACGUAACACGCUUGAUAAGCAUCACGAGGAGACCAAGACUGGGCUUGAGGUGGAGAAGAUGAAGAGGCUCGAGAGGGAGGCAGAAAGAGCAGAAAGACGAAAGAAGAGGGCCAGUAAGGGGUCUUUGCCGAUUGACUCCGAAGCACAAUCAACCGAUAUUGAAGCUGGCCAGGAAAAGGAGACGGCAGCAUAAUGGUCUUAUUCAGAUCCGGUUUGCAUUAGCGUUGCAUCCACCAUGGCAUACAUUUCAUGCACGAAAAGUCGUUUUACAUUUGACAUACUAAUUCAAAAGCACUGUACAUAGGUAAAAGUUGCAUACAGCACGAUGUCACGAAUAUGAGCUCUGGCUCUGCAAGACGAAAUGAAAAGUCAUGUCCG